AUGGCUUCUCUCCUGAGGAACUCCGGUAAAAUCACCACCACCGCGGGUCUCAUCGCCAGACCGGGUUUUCAAAGCGGCCGCGGUUUCGAUCUCUCGAGUUUCAGCGGCGGAGCCGCUCCCUUCUCCGCUCCUCGUCGAUUUCAGACAACCGAAUCGGACAUUCGGGUGGAUUCCCACUGCUAUGAUGACGAAAUCAGUCAGAAAUUCAGUGUGUUGGGAGGGAAAGUACCAUAUUCCUCGGGGAUGAGAUUCACUUCUGAAUUGCCGGAGGAGAAGGUUCCCUGCUACCGUGUACUCGACAACAACGGUCAGCUAAUCGACUCUAGAAACUUUGCUGGGAUCAGCAAAGAGAUUGCUAUGAAGAUGUACACUGAUAUGGUGAAACUGAACACCAUGGACACCAUCUUUUAUGAAGCGCAGAGGCAAGGAAGGAUUUCGUUCUAUGUUACAACUACAGGAGAGGAGGCGAUCAAUAUUGCAUCAGCAGCAGCACUCAAGAUUGAUGAUUUCAUUGUCCCUCAGUAUAGGGAGCCAGGAAUUCUCUUGUGGCGCGGUUUCACACCUCAAGAUUUUGCUAACCAAUGCUUCAGCAAUAAAUUCGAUGAUGGUAAAGGAAGACAGAUGCCUGUGCACUACGGAUCGAAAAAGCUUAAUUAUUUCACUGUUGCAUCGACGAUUGCUUCACAACUUCCGCACGCUGUUGGUGCUGCAUAUUCCUUGAAGAUGGAUGGCAAAGAUGCUUGUGUUGUUGGGUACUUUGGUGAUGGCGGUUCCAGUGAGGGAGAUUUCCAUGCUGCUUUGAAUUUUGCUGCGGUCUUGGAAGCUCCAGUCAUCUUUCUCUGCCGGAACAAUGGAUGGGCUAUUAGUACACCAGCUUCAGACCAGUUCCGAAGUGAUGGAGUUGUGGUUAAAGGGCAGGCUUAUGGAGUUCGCAGCAUCCGUGUAGAUGGUAAUGAUGCUCUUGCAAUGUACUCUGCAGUUCGUUCUGCUCGGGAAAUGGCAAUAACUGAACAAAAACCCAUCCUGAUUGAGGCUGUAACGUACCGAGUAGGGCAUCACACCACAUCGGACGAUUCCACUAGGUACCGUCCACUUGAGGAGAUUGAAUGGUGGCAAAUGGCACGGAACCCUCUGACUUUAUACCGGAAGUGGUUGGAGAGCAACAGUUGGUGGAACGACGAGGCCGAGGCAGAGCUUAGAAGUAACUCCAGGAAGGAGCUUUUGAAGGCCAUUCAGGUAGCAGAAAAGAUCGAGAAGCCGCCUGUCGGGGAUAUGUUUACAGAUGUCUAUGAUGCCGUUCCUUCCAAUCUGUUUGAGCAAGAGAAGUUGCUGCAACAGACUGUCACGAGGUACCCGCAAGACUACCCAUCUGAUGUUCCAGUCAGAGCUGUUCCUUCCUCAUGA